AAAGAAUCCAAACAGAAUACACACACAAUCAACUCACAAAACCCCAUUAAAACCCAAAUCAAAUACCAAAAAAUAAACACACACAAAUAACCAUAACCCAAAUACACAUCAAAAUCAUUAAAUUUAAAAUUUUGAAAUAAAAAAGAUCAUAGAAAUUUGAAAGAUCUACAACAUCUUUCUUUCAAACCAAAGAAAGAAAGAAAGCAAAUAUAUAAAAGGAAGUAGACAAACAGAAUUCUGGGUCUAAUUCUUAAGCUAUUGUUCACCGGUAAUGAGGCCGAGGAACCCAAAUCUGAGUUCUUUCAUACACCCACCUCAUGCUAGCAAUGUUUUUGUACCCGACCCGGUGGCUGACCCGUUUUGGCCACCGGGUCUGGUUCAACCGGUUGAACCGGUUCACCCGACCGGUCCAACCGGUCAACCUAAAAUCACACUUUUUUCAGUUUUUGACGAUAUGUUCGAUGAGCUGUUGCAGAUUCUGAUUUCUGCUGCUGCUUCUGCUCAGUGGAGGCAGGAAAAGAUGAGGAGCGGUGGAGGAGAUGAGGCAGAUGAGAACGCCAUGAUCGACGGAGGAGAUGAGGAGGAGGUGCUCGGCGGAGGAGAUGAAGCAAAUGAAGAUGCCGUGAUUGACGGAGGAGAUGAAGCAGAUGAGGAUGAUCUGUUGAUUUUGUUCUGUUUUACUGUGUUGCUCGGUAGAGGAGAUGAGUGAUGAGGACGAUCGGCUGGACGCUGAGUUGUGUUGCCGCCGACGGAGGUGGCUGAGAUCUGGAGCUCAUCGAUGGUUCCUUCUGUUUCUCGCUGCUUUCUUCUGUUCUGGGUUUUACAAUUUGCAGAGAGUUUUCUUUGUUUCUCCAUAAUUUCUUAUGGUUUUUUCAUCAAAUUUCUUAUGGUUUUUUCAUCAGAUCUUUUAUUAUU